UAGGUACGGACGUAGUCACUUAGGAUAGAAUAGGACGUAGUCACUUAGGAUAGAAUAGGCUUACAGGACUGAUAUAUACUAAUAACAAUACAUAAAUUAUAAAAUUCUUGGGCCCCUAAAUUUUUUGGGCCCUGGGCGGUCGCCCUGGUUGCCCUCCCUCUGGGCCGGGCCUGAUCUUAAUCCUCGUGAUGAAUAUGGUGAAUCCGUAGCUUCUAAUAUCAGUUCUUCUAAUAUCAGUUCUUCAUUGCUUCUUCUAAGGAAUCUACAGUACCUCGAUCUCAGUGAUAAUAUAUUUGGCAUUUCAAUUCCGAGUUUCAUUGGUUCCCUUGCAAACUUAGUUCACCUUGAUCUUUCCGGUUCUGAGUUUCAGGGAGCAAUUCCAGAUGAGCUUGGGAAUCUCUCCAAGCUCAGUUUUCUCGAUCUUAGCCAUAAUCAACUUGAAGGUAUGAUUACAAACUCCUUUUGUAAUCUGCCAAGCUUGCAAACUGUUGAUUUCUCCUAUAACAAUCUAACUGGGAAUCUUCAAGAAUUCGAACACAAAUCAGUUUUGAGAAGCUUGUCUUUGUCAAAUAAUCAUCUUCAAGGUUCUUUACCUAAUUUCUCAGGAUUUUCAUUCUUAGAGGAAUUAUAUCUUAAUGAUAAUAAAUUUUCUGGGAGUGUUCCUGAUUUUGAUGGAUGUUUGGCAUUGGAAUACUUGGAUCUUAGUGGGAAUCAAUUGACUAGCUGGGAAACUCAAUCAAUAGAACAACUCACUAAUCUUGUUGAGUUAGAUCUUUCAAGGAAUUCGAUCAACAAUACAAUCAAUGAACAUCAUUUGUCCAAACUAUACAGCCUCCACCGGAUAAAUGCAUCAUUUAAUUCUUUGACAUUCAAUAUCAGUUCUGAGUGGCUUCCCCCUUUCAACCUUGCACAGCUUUCUUUGGCAUCAUGCAAGUUGGGGCCAAAAUUCCCCAUUUGGAUCCGAAAUCAAUCUAAAAUCAGAACUCUCGAUUUCUCAAACACCCAAAUUUCAGAUACCAUCCCCAUGUGGUUCUGGGACAACUUUACCCAAAUGAAGACUUUAGAUCUCUCUUCCAACAAAAUCAGUGGCACAUUGCCCACCAUACAAUCACAAACUAUUGAGAUAAAUUUGAGUUAUAAUAACUUUGAAGGACCAUUACCGCUCAUUUCCCCAAAGUGUUCAGAAAUUAAUCUAUCUCAUAAUAAGUUUUCAGGAAAACUUGUAUUAUCUACGACUGAACAUAUGAGGUUGAGGUUCCUUGACCUUUCUCAUAACUUGUUGAUUGGCGAGCUUCCUGAUAGUUGGAAAUAUUUUAAACAUCUCUUGUUUCUUAAUCUUGGAAAUAAUUAUUUUUGGGGUAGAAUUCCUUUGUCUAUAGGGUCUCUACAUUCUCUCAAUAAAUUGAUUUUGAGAAAUAACAGGUUGGAUGGAGAAUUGCCCGAGUCUUUAAGAAAUUGCACCGACCUUGGUUUUGUCGAUUUUGGUUUGAAUGGCCUAUCUGGAACUUUGCCGGCAUGGAUUGGGAAAGAUCUACCUCAGUUGUAUGCUCUAGUUUUGAAAUCCAAUAAAUUUUAUGGGAGCCUGCCUGAUGAUCUGUGUCAUCUCUCACAUCUUCAUUUUCUAGACCUGUCCAUGAACAGAUUAUCAGGAUAUGUUCCCCCAUGCUUCAGUAGUCUAAUUGCUAUGAUUAAUAGUGGAAACAAGGCCUCUGAAUCUCGAGGGUCUCCAUCUCAAGCAUUUCUAUAUCCAAAGAGACAUAUUUGUUACAGUAAAUGUGUGGUGGCUUUCAACCGUGCAAAAUAUAGUUAUGUGGAUGAUGCAUUGGCAGGAUGGAAAGGAAAGGAACGGGAAUAUAGAGGAAAUUUCGCUUACCUUAAGAUGAUAGAUCUUUCCAGCAAUAAAUUUACCGGAGAAUUUCCUACUGGAAUAGCAAGGCUUCUAGAUCUCAAAGGACUGAACCUCUCUAGGAAUCAGUUUUAUGGAAAAGUUCCUGUACAAAUUGGUAGACUAUUUGAGUUGGAAGUUCUUGAUCUGUCCAGUAACAAAUUUUCAGGUGACAUCCCUCGAAGUAUGACUGGCUUAACUUUCCUUGCUUAUUUAGAUCUCUCAAGCAAUAACUUCUCAGCAAGAAUCCCAUUAGGAGGUCAACUGCAGGCAUUCAAUUCUUCCAUGUAUGAGGGGAAUCCUGGACUCUGUGGCUUGCCACUCACAAAAAGAUGUCCUGGAGAUAAAACAAGUGUCGAAAUUCCCCCACCAUCUAAUGGAAUUGAAGUUGAGGAAGACGAGAUUGUAUAUAGGAGAUGGUUAUAUAUAAGUGCAGCACUUGGUUUCAGCACAAGCUUUUGGGGAAUCUGUGUAACUCUACUUGUUAACAGGCGCUGGAGACAUGCAUAUUUCCUGUUCUUAACGAACUUAAAGGAUCAGCUUUAUGUGUUCGUGGCAGUGCGCAUUGCCAGAUUGAAGGGCGGCCACCAGGAGAAAAGGCCAUGUUUCAGACUCGCCUGGAGUUUACUCUCUGGAGUUUGAGUAUAGAUAUUAGCAAGAUAUUGUAGUUUGGUUGUGAUUCAUUGUCGUCACCUACUAUGGAUUGGAGUGAAACAUAAACAAUAAGUUUGCAUAGGAUUAGAUAUUAAAGUAGUAUUGUGUGUUUGUGUGUGUUUUGGGACAAGUUUUUCAAGCCAAAUUCUUGUCAAACUUUAAUCUGUCUCUGAUAUUAGUUUUUAAGUACCUGGGACUGUUCUCUUUUGUGCUGUUCAGUAUCAUAUUUCAAAUAUCAUCUCAUCAUUUGAAACAUGCAGUGGACUUUCUGUUUGAACAUUAAAAUUAAUUUUCUGAACUUUUCAGUAAUGAGUUUGUAGUAUGUCGUCUAAUUAAGUAAUUAUUGGUUUUUCCGCAUAAAUAUAAUGAGUGCCCUGUAUGCACGUAGAUAGCACAAAUUAAAACAUGUCAUUCGGGAGGAAUUCUGGAGAUGCUCUAGCUAUGGUUCAGUUAAUUCCUUUUACCAUUUUUGUGUUUUAGUGCAUGUUAGGAUUGUGUUCUGCUACCAGAGACUUUGAGGGAUACAUUUCAUUAAAUUCAGAAAAGUUAUGAUUUUAUCUGGUAAACAUUGCAUAAUGAUAUCAUUCCCAUUUGAAGAAUUUCCUUAGAUUCAUUUUUCUUAAUCUGUUGCAAAUAUUUUGUGUUUCUCGUUUAAAAUUAUCUAUAAAUUUGUCAAUGAUGAUAUGGUUUCCGCCAAUGCCACCUCUUUUAACCGUUAACCAUCGAUUAUGUCUAGGUUUCCACCUAUUUUAACCACCCAGGCAUAUUUUGUAACUUCAUUCCGUUGAUGCUCAAGAAAGCUUUAAUUCUGCAUUUGCUUUUACACAGGGCGGCCACCAAGAUGGAUUGGAGGGAAACAUAAACAAUAAAUCUGCACAGGAUUUAGAUAUUAUCGCAGUGUGGUGUUGAUGGGUUCAUCAGCUAAGAAAACCCAUUAUCAUAUAUUAUGAGAAAGCGACAAUGAUCUUUACAAUGUGAAGAAUUGUCAAACAGACAUGCAGAUGUCUCGAAAUUGUAUUUGAUUUCAUCUUUCUUUCUUUUUUUGCAUUUCAAUUUAGCUUCUGUUAUUCUUGAUGGAGCUGAAUUUGAUACUUGGCAUAGUAUGCGAAUGCUCCUGUCCAUUUCCCCGCAAUCUACAUUAUUCGAA